AUGGCCACACGAGUGGGGAGUAAGAGUAUUUGUGGUUGUUUGACUCUGCUUCAGGCUUGGAUGUAUGAGUACUUUCCACUCUUCCGUCCGAGCCAGAUUCUCCAGGCUCCAGAUGCUCCUCGUGCUUCCUCGUGGGUGUGUCACCGCUUUGCAGGUGGUGAUGAUGCUAGACAAUGCUUGGUAGGGUAUCGGCAGAUUUUGGAUGAGAUGUCAGGGGAGGAUGUGUCUUGGACUCCUUACGGGCGAGAUGCCGGCACGAAGGUACUACGCUCUUUGUAUACUGGUGUCAUUUGCUUUGCUGACAUUGCUGAGGGUUAUGAUCCUGCACGGUUUCGCCGACAGUUUGGGUACCGACAGACUAUCCCCCGCACAAUGAUGGUUCCCAAGGAUGUGUACCGCCCAGCUUCUUGCAGCGCCUACAUCGUUUUCUGA